AUGAUUGAUUAUAAAAGAAUAUGCGUUAAUCAUGGUAUUAAGGCUAUAUGCAUUUUAGAUAAUUUUUUAAUUUGUACAUCUGUUGGAAAUACUAUAAAAAUAAUUAAUUUAACUAACACAAAAGUAUUACUAGAAUGCAUUAUUUCAACAAGUAGUAAUAUUUAUGGGUUAGUUUAUAAAAAGCGUUCUAACGAUAAUGGAAUUCUUAUUGCUCAUGGUGUUCAUAAAAUUUAUUUUUAUAAAUUAAACAUAUCUUUUAAAAAAUGUACACUAGAAUUAAUAUCAAAAUAUUGUUCAAAUAAAUGGAUACUAAGAGCUAAAUUUUUACAGUGUAAUAAAGAUAACUCAGAAUUAUGUUACGAAAAAAACGAAUCAAAUAAACAUAUUAAAGAAAAUGUUGUUAUUUGCUUAAGCAAUGGAAGUAUUAUAUUACUAGAUAUUUAUAAAGGUGUUAGUUUCUACAAAUAUAAAUUUAAAGGGAUACAUUUGCUAUAUAGUUCAGAUAUUUACAUAAACGAAAAAAAAAAAUUUUAUAAUAUUUUCAUAGCUGGUGGAACACCAUUUAACAAAAUAUUAUUAUGGAAUUUCAAAAUAAUUAAAAAAAAAAAAUAUUGGGGGGGGAAAAAAAAAAAAAAACUGAUAUUAUUAGAAAAUAUUCAAGAGUUAAGUGGCCAUAGAGGCAUUAUAUUUAAGGUAAAAUUUUUUAAAAAAUCUAAAUAUAUAUGUUCUGUUUCUGAUGAUAGAGAAGGAAGAGUCUGGUAUAGGAAGAGAAAAGAAAAAGAAAGUAAUUUUCUUAAAUCGAGCUACAAUAAUAAAAAAAAUAAUUUUUUUCAUUAUAAAUGUAUAAAAUUAUUAACUGGUCAUGGAGCUAGAAUAUGGGAUAUUGAUAUGUGUAUAUUUAAUGAAAAUUUUUAUUUUAUUACAUGCAGUGAAGAUUCUACCUGCAAUCUUUAUGAAAAAAAUCAUAAAAAGUAUUUUAAAUUUUGUAAUUAUAACGGGAAUGCGAUAAGAUGUAUUUGUUUUCAUAAAAAUUUAUGCUUAGUAAUUUCUGGUUCUGAUAACGGUACUAUACAUAUCAGACCAAUACCAUUUAACAUUUUUGAAAAUAAGCACAAAAAGAGAGAAGUAAAUUUUUUAAGUGUAUCAAAAAGCAUAGAUGAUUCUAUUUUAAAAAUGGAGGGAAAAAAAAAAAAAGUAAGUAUAACUACUGAUGGAAAAAUUGAAAAUGAUAAAAUAUGCAAUUGCGAUUACUAUUAUUCCAAUAAGAAUAGUGUUAUAUCCAUAUGUGAAGAUAACAAUGUAAAUAGUAGUUAUAUUAAUAAUUCUAAUAUUUUUGAAAAUAAUGUUAAUAAUAAAUUCGCAAAUGAUAAUAAUAAUCUUGAAAAUAUUUGCGAUGAAGUAUGUGCAAAAAAUAUAAUAGAAACAAAUGAUUCUUUAAGUUUCAUGUUUGAUUGCUUGAACGAAAAAAUGAAAAAAAAUAAUGAUUGGAUUAGAUCAAUAAAUCACAUUAAUUUAUAUAAUGUUAUUAUUUGCACAAAUUUAGGUUGCAUAUAUAUUUUAAAAACAGAAAAAACUGAUAUAAAAUUAUCAUUAAUUUAUGAAGAAAAAAAAGAAAAUUAUUUAUUAACAUGCAUAACUUAUUAUGGCUUAAAUUAUAUUUGCUUAGGUUUUAGCAACGGUUAUUGUUGUUUUAUAUUUUUAAAAAAUGAAAAUAUAUUAAAUGGGUCAAUUAAAUAUAGUGAAAAAAAUAAAAUUAUAAAAUAUUUUAAAUGUUUUCCUCAUCGUUUAAGCGAAAUGUGUUUAAUACCUUUAUCUACUAGAAGUUAUGAUAGUUUUAUUUUUUCUUCAGAAUGUAAAUAUAUAGAGGAUGUUUUAUAUGCUUUUAUAAAAAAAGAGGAUAUAAAAAAAGAUAAUUCAAAUAUUAAUAUAUAUAGUGAUAAUGAUACUUAUAAUCAAUUAAAUUUUUAUCAAGUCGUUUAUAAUCAUGAAAAGCAAAAUAUGGAUAAUGAUUUUCAAAAUUAUUUAUCAAAUAAAAGUGAAUUUUCAAUUUCCAAUUUUUUAUUGUGUAAUCUUGACCACACAGGAAAUAUAAAAAUAUUUAGCAUAGAAAAUAUAAAUAAUGAAAUAAAAAUAAGUAAUAUUUUGGAAACAGAAAUAGAUGUGAAGAACAAAAAAUCUAAAAUCAUAUCAAUGAAUUAUGUAAUCAGGCAAAAAAAAAAAAAAAUGGGAAUUUUGAUUUUUAUUGGUGAUGAAUAUGGAUGUAUUUUUAUUGUUUAUAUUAAAAUACCUAUUCAAUUAAAAUCAUAUCAAAUUUUUUAUGAUUUUCAAAAAAUCCACAUCAAAUCGAAAGACAAAAUACGUGUUCAUAAUAAUAGAAAAGUUUUUGAUAUAAAAAUUAUUGAUCAUUUUAUAUACUCAUGUGGAAAAAAUGGAAAUAUUAUAAAAUAUCAAUUAUUUAAAGAUAAAAAUAAUAUAUAUACUUUAUAUAAAUUAUGUUUAAUAAAAAUAUCAUAUUAUUCUUCAAUUUAUAAAUUAUUACCUAUGCGUAUCAAUAGAAAUAGUUAUGGAAAAGAAAUAAAAUGUAAUAUAAAAGACAUUGAUAAUAAUAAAACAAUUGAACAUAAUACAAACUAUUUUAAUAAUAAUAUAAUACAAAAUAAUGAUUAUUCAAAUGAAAAUGAAGAUUUCCAUGAUAUUUUUAUUUGCUGUUUUAAGGAAAAAAAGUUUGUUCUAUAUGAUUUAAAAAAUAAAAUGGAAUAUUUAUCCAUUGAUUGUGGUGGUUUUAGGAGACCAUUAAGUAUUUUUAUGAAAUCAUCCGAACAUUAUACUAAAACAUUUUCUUUUUGCUUUUGUAAAGAAAAAAUUGUAUAUUUUCAUUUUAAAAAUUUAUAUAAUAAUCAUAUAUCUAUACCAUAUCAGAAAAUAUAUAUUAAUUCAGGGUUUCAUAAUAAAAAUGUUUCUUUCUUAAUAUGGUUAAAUAAAAAUUAUUUUUGUACAUGUUCAGAAGAUGGAACAAUAAAGAUUGUGCAGUUGGUAAAAAAUUUUGAAAAAAAAAAAAAAAAUAAUAAACUUAAAAAUAAUGAAAUCUGCUGUGAAGAUAAAUAUAUUAAUAAUGAGAGUAAUAUAACAAGAAAUAGUUUUAAUAGCAAGAAUAAUAAUUAUAAUAUUGACCAAAAUACUUCUAAAAUAAAUACUAUAUCUUUAAAAAAACAAUUAAAAAAAAGCAUAAAGAGAAAUAAACACAAACUUUAUUCUAUAUUUAGAAAAAGGUCAAAUUAUAAGAAAUAUAAAAAGAAAAAAAAAAUGGAUUAUAUAAAUUACAAAAUGAAUAUUGUUCAAAAUAUUUAUAAUCACAGUGAGCCUAUUUUUUGUAUGUGUUUUUUUAAAAAUCCAUUUUAUUAUUCUAAUAAAUUCAAAAUUUUAUGUAGUGUAGGAGCAAAAAAUUCAGCAAACGUUUUUUACAUUUUUAAUGAUAUUAACAAAACACCAAUUUUAUAUCACAUAGAAAAAUUAAAAGUUCAACAAUUCUCAAGUAAUUUAAGAUAUUUAUGUGUUCAGGGUUUAUACGAGAUUUUAUUUAACGAAUCAAAUAAGUAUUUGAUACAAAUAAAUAUAUUUAUAGGUACUUCUAUUGGCUAUAUAUUUCAUUAUUCAGGGACAUAUGAAUUUGUUAUUUAUCAAAAUAUUAUUCUGUGUAAUAUUGUAAAACCUGCUUAUGUAAUUUAUUCCUACAACCUAAAUAGUACUAUUUUAUCAAUGGAUUUAAAAAGUAUUAUAUUAAAUAACUCUGAAAAUGGAAAGAAUUAUGACAAAAAAAUGAACGAAUUGUUUUCUAUUACAUUAAAAAAUAAUUACUUAGAAAAACCAGAGUUAAAUAUUUCUCAAAAUAUUCAGAAUUAUCAUAAAGGAAGUAACUUAUUUCAGAAAAAUGAAUUCGUAGAAUAUAAUAGAAAUGAUAAUUAUACGUUUGGCAAUGAUAAAAGUGUUAAUACAAACUAUCUUUUUAAACAUAACAAUAAUAAUAAUGAAUUAAAAUCAAGUAAUUGCCAAAAUGGAUUAAGUGAUAUAUUUUUUGUAAAAGAAAAAAAAAUGAAGAAAAAACUUAUUCAAAAUAUACUAUGUUGUGGAUUAAACAAUGGUGUUAUACAAAUUUAUCAUUAUAAUUUAAAAUUAGUGUUAAUGAAAAAAAUUCAAAUACAUCAAAAUGGCAUAAAUAGAAUAUGUGUUAAAAAAGGAGGAAAUUUAUUAAAAAUAUUCACUUGUGGAGAUGAUCAAUCAAUAAAUAUAUUAAUUUUAAAAAUUAUAAUUAUUAAAAAUGAUAUUAGUUUUCUUAUUACUCAAAACACAAAUUUUCCUUAUUCUCAUUUAUCAUCUAUUAGAUCAUUAAAUAUUUUUUCUCAUUUUCUCUUGAGUGUAUCGUGGGAUCAAUAUCUUUACAUAUGGAAGCUACAAAAAGAUAAGAAUAAAAAUAUCAUUAUAAAGAAAAAAAAACAAGUAAAAAUUUCAGUUUAUGAUGUUUCAUGUUUAAAUUCUUUCAUGAUUAAAAAAAAAAAGAAAAUAGAAAAUAAAUCUAUAAAAGAAUAUCCACAAAUAGAUGAAGAUAGUAAUAUUACAAAUAAUUCUAUAAAAAUAAAAAGGAAAAAUUAUCUUUAUAUAAAACUAUAUUUAUGUGUUGCUGGAUCAAAUGGGAGCCUAGAAUGCUUUUUAUUAAAAAUUAAUAAAUAA